AUGUUUCACCGCGGCAGUUUUAGUUUGGCUGAAUGGUGUGACGAAGCAGAUUAUAUGGUGUUAGAUGAUAUUUGUUGGUCUCGUUUAAAACAACAGUCAAAGCAAUUAUUAACGGCUUCCGGUGAGGUCCAUUUAACGGAUAAAUAUCAUCGUAAGCAGAAAAUAAAUAACAAUAAAUCAUGUAUAUAUUUGAUGAAUUACGAAGAUACUGGUAGUUUAUUAGAUGAUACGUAUAGGUAUGGGACGAAUCGAGCGCUCGAGCAAAGAAAACCUUAGCGCGCUCGCGCUCGAGUGCAUUCCAACAAGCGCGCUCGUCGAUCGAGCACAUUUUACACAAGUGCGCUCGUCCACUGCAAUACAGUUUUUAUAGAAGUAUAGUUUUUUGUUUACAUAAUAAGUGAGCAGCUAUUUACAUAGCCAGUAAACAAUUAUUUAAAUAUUUUUUUGUGCUAGAGAACUUACCUCUCUUGUAGAGAACUUAUUUAAAUUAGGAAUGAUAUGCGAGUGCUCGGAUACCGAGCGUGAUUCGUGUGUUUCGCUCGGAUGACGAGCGCGAUUCGUCUGUUUCGCUCACGCAACGAGCGUCCGCUCGAUUCGUCUCAUACCUAGAUACGUACUGGAUCGACAACGGUGUAUUUGUAUUGUUAAGUAAAGAUGAACGUUUAUUUGUGUGAAUAUUUUUUAUUUUCGGUUGUUCCUUGUCCUUUUUUAAUACAUGCAUGUGUUUGCCUUACAAAUAUUCUACAUGAAAAUAAUAAUUCGGCGAUUCUUUUAAUAGGGGAUGAUCUUCUAUCAGGCGAUUCUUUUACACUUUUUUCCCUUUGCGAUGUACAGCAUAUAUCCGUAAACCAUUUGAUAACGCUUGGCGAGAACAAUCUAGUCAUGUACGUCUGGUGAACAUAUGUGUACGCAGUAGUUGUUUUUUUGAAGCUGAAGAAUCUUGAAUGAUUCACUUUCUCAGAAGUGUGCAUAAAAGAAGCUUUCGCUGACAAUAAAACGCAUUGAAUUUGUCAAAAUCGGCGGUUUUGUAUUUCCUUAUUUUUUCUGCCCUCCUGACCAAGAAGUCUGCUAUUGUCUAACAUCUCAAUUGGAAUUAAACUUCAUUUAGGACAGAAAACAAAAUAACAAAAUUCCAGAUCCCAAAACCACUCUUUUUCUUUCCAAUCGUACUUUUGGCGUUCUGCUUAUGUUUGUCCGAGCCAAAUUUAACGUCAUUCUUUACAAACUGAGCUUAUUUUUAAUUAUAAUAAAAGUCGUGGGAUCUAUCUGAAAUUAAGUUGCAAAGAGUAUCAUUGCAAUUAGUCGAUACCAGGAUUUCACCGAAGUAAUUAUUGACAACUUAGCAUAAAUUUGACAAAGACUGGUGUUGUUGAUGAACAAAGGUUGUCUCUUGAUAGAAAACUCAUUCACUAUCUGUAACAGAUGAGAAAAAGGCAUAUGUUAAAAUUUGUGCUUAGUUCUUUUGCUUUGAGCGAUCCUUAGAAUAUCCAGGAUAAAAAAAAGUACGGGUGUAAAGUAAUUAUCCUCUGUAAUCAGAACUCAAUUUUUGAAAUGUAUGUAGAAAAUUGUGUGUUCAUAUAUUGAUGCUUUUUCUGUUUUCUUCCUUGGUGGAAAAACUGGGUAAAAUGAAUGAAUGGUUUUCGACUUGGCCAAAUGUUACGGAAUUUCAUUUUUUCGUCUUCGGUGCCCGUUAUCUUGGCAACCUAAUCAAUAAAGAAGCAACGUUUAUCAAUGACAUUUAUAUCAACGACGGAUAUUAGGGAGUUCUAAUACUAAAAAGAAUUCGAGCUUGAUUGAACAAGCGGGUCAAAAAUAUAGUCAAAAUAGAGGCCGUAACGGAAUUUCAAAACAUGGAAGUAGUUUUCGGCCUAUUUCAGUAAAAGUUGUCAUUCUCCGUUAUGGAAAUGUACUACAUUAUUUUACUAUUUUUCGCAAAACAUUUGAAUAAAGGCAGUUGUUUCAUUCACUGUCUCAUUCACUUUCAGAACCUGUAUCGCUUGAUCCUGGAGAUUUAUACAAUAAAAUUUCCUUCUGAGCGCGUAAAUUUGUAGAGCAAACUUUUCUGAUCAAAAUAAGACUUCGCACAACUCUGUAUGACUUUGCAUCGAAAAGUUAAGGGUAUUUUUUUACAAGUCCUAAAAUUGAUCAUUUUAUGAAUACAGCGUAAAUAAAUUGAAUACAGCGUUUUCUCUACAUAGGAAUUACACGAGAAUUCUUUUUUGGGCCUUGAUCUCUAGAAAACUCCUAAACGACAACACUCGGAGACAAUAGAAAUGUUCAUUCGUGUAACUCAUUGUACCUAACAUUUAUGGAAAGUUUUGGCAAGAUCGUAUGUAUGGUGAUGGAGGGAAUUUCUAAGGGGAGGAGGGCCCUUAAAAGAAAACUAAAUGAUGAACGUUUCGUCGUAAACGUAAACGAUGGCUUGAAAAUAAACGUAUAGAUAGAACCAGAAAUAAGAAAAAAAUUGACCGGGGUCAAAACAUUUGUUGGUGAUUUUGUAAAAAUAGUACUUAUCUAGUAAAAUAGUACUAAUACUUUCAACAACUCUGGUACUAUAUGCAUAGUACCGUAGAGCUUACAUUGCAGUGAUAGAGUAGAAAAAAAUAAAAAUAGAAAAUAGAAACUAAAGUGUAAGAUUUUCUUUCAAAUUCCCAAAUCUGUUAAUAACAAUAAUAAUAAUUAAUUCUGAUUAUUGCGUAUUAAAUUAAUCAUUUCAGAAUUCUUGACAUAUCUUGACAAGAUCUGCUCAAGAUUUAUCACGACAGGUUCUGAUACAAAACUAGUGGAAAAUCUGCAGCAUUGCCUUCCAUUCAGAAUCUUGACAGAUUUCGAUAAACCUGUACACCCUUGAAAGAUCUGGGGCGGAGUUUGAGAAAUCUUUAAAGAUUUAUCAAGAUCUGCAUUCGAGAUUUUUCUCCUGGGUACAGCACUAAAAUUUUAGUAUGACUGCUUAGACCUUUUCUUUAUUGUUAUUCGUCUAUUUUUCUUUUCUUUUUACACGAUCUAUUCAUUUUCUCUCUCUCUCCAAGAAUAGUAUAGACACAAGAUGUACUUAUUCGUUCGAAAAUGGCAGAUAAUCCAAGCGAAAUACACAAGUUUAAGAUAUUUACAAACACAACGUUUCUUUAUAUUAUAUAUUUAUCUAUCGACGGAUCGAGUUAGGCAGCUUAGAAAGAGAAUCAUACAAGGAUAGAAUUAUUGUUUAAUCAUUCUUUAUAAUUUUUCCUCUUUUGUCGGCGUAAACUAUAGCUCAUAUUCUGAUAUUUAUACGUUGUAUUAUGACUAGUGGUAGUGCUACUUGUAGUUUGUACAGACUUAACGACUGGUUCCUGUACUGUCGGGUAAAAGUUCUUUCUCGUCCUUGGUUGGACCCACUUCGUGAUAGUGAACUUCCACUGCGAGCUAUCCCUUUACAUUUAUUAUAACCGUUAUUGGCAAUAGUGUAUAUGGUUUCCAGUUUCUUUCUUCUUGUCCAGUGCUUUUCUUUAUCAGAUAAAAUGCUUUCAUCGAAAUUAGCAAAGGAACCCGGAUUCUCUGCGUGUUGUGCUAGCUCUGAACCUUGGACGUCUCCCUGUUUAACUUUCGCAUAUGCUCUUGUACGCAUCUUUUAAACGAGCAAGUCUCGCCGAUAUAAAUAUCCCCACAUGAACAUGGAACACCAUAUGCACUGUCUUGACCUUUCAACCCUAAGGAUAAGAAAAUAACAGUUUGAACGUUCCGGCCAAAAACCAAAGUCCAAAAAUCCAACUUUUAUGAACAUCAUCGAUUUUUCGACAUGAAAAUAAUGUUUUGAAAAACUAGAAACUACAUAUUUUUGAUCAGCUCAAAAAACUCCAACGAAUGAUGUAUAAUAUCUUAGAAAAAAAAUUUCACUCCAAGUUUACAUUACGUGCAUCUUACUUUCCACUAUAUUCAAAUUUUAUUUUUGAAUAAAGAUGCGAGAACUAGCUGCAUCGUAGACUUCUAGAACUGUUAAGUAUGCUCUAUCUCCUCUGUAUAAUAUCCGUUGUUCGACGUCAUAACUUUACUUUAUUGCGAAAUUCAAUUGACAAACAAAUUUGUGAAAUUGAGAGUGAAUUACUUGCCUAGAAUUUAAAUGUUUCUGGUUGACUAUUUUUAUGAUGGUGUGAGUGGCAGAUGUGUAUUAAUGAUACUGUUUUGCCGUUGUCUCUGCUUCACUGAGUAUGCAUAGUAAGUAUUUCAAAAGGUAAUUUCUUCCCUUGUUCCGCUUCUCAUCGACUUGUGUGAAUAAAUGAACACAUUGCUAUUUUCUUUUCCACAGGUAAAAUAGUGGGCCAGACAACAUCGUCAUUUGCCUAUCAUUCGUUCUAUCACUAUCCAGUCAGUUGCUGAACGGUGACAUACCCGUUAAAACAGUUUCUGUAGAGGAAAAGUACCGUUGUCACCUUUCUACCGUGUCUGGCCACUGUGCGCCGCUUUUGCAACGGUAAACAAUUUUGCACAUCAUCAUAUUGCCAUCAUUUCUCAGUUUCAUCCGUUAUAACUAGUCCUACGGGCAGUAGUGUAUUGGACUGAGCUUCAAAAAUUCGAUUUCUUAUUCUAUCCUACUUUAUUGUGAAGUCGAAUUUGACAUGGGUAGAGAGUUACCUAAUGUAAUAAUGGACAAUUCGACAGUUUGUUCAUGAUCAAAUUACAAUAAUCUGAGUAUAUCGUGAACAUCGUGUCUUCAGUUACUCAAUAUUGAUGUCGACAAAGACGUUGAUAAAUUAGUCGAUUUACUAUUACCAAUGACGUUAAGGAAAGGAGUAGUAUCGAUAAGUCGGUUUUUCGUUUCAAAAAAUUUCCGAUUGAAAGUCACAUAUCUGGAAUCAGCGUCGAAUUCUGAACAAAAUGGCCGAUGCAGAUUUUUUUGAUAAAAUUUUAUUUUUCGC